AAUUUUGUGAUAAAAAUUUCAAGGAAAAAAAACACGCGCUCCUUCCUUCGGGGAGGGAAGCGCGCGAGAGGGAAAGAAAUGUGUCCGAGACAGAAAAGAGGAGAGAGAGAGCGAGAGAGAGCGAGCGAGGGGGGGAGAGACAGCACGGAGCACACUAGAAAAGGAGGAGGUGGAGGGAGGGGGCAAAUUAAAAGUUGCCAAACGCAGAGAUUAUGUUUCAGGGCGCUGAGGCGGGCGGGCGGCGCGCCCGGUUUAAUCGUCUCGAUGGUAUGCAAAUCGCAGCGCUUGUAUGUGCAGGGGCCAGGCGCUGCGAAUGGGGGGCUCCGGAGGCCGCGUGAGCGGGCCGAACUGAGCCGAGUCCUGCCUAGCCGGGGAGGCGACAAGCCCCCGCGAGAGCGAGCAAGCAAGCAAGAGAGAGAGAUGAGCUUCACCUUCUCUAUCCGCCCCUGCAAUGUCGACGAGAGGGGAAAAAAAAGGGGAAAAAGAAUGAAAAAUCAUGUUUCGCAAACUCCUCCCUCCACGUCGCUACCUCUGCUGCUGGUGCGCUGGCGGGCCUGGUUGUGCAGCCUCUCCUUCUUCGCGUGUCGUUGUCAGCCGCCCUCUUCCCGCACCAAAGCUCGCGCAGCUGUUUGGAGAAAAUGGCCGCGCCUCGCGCUUCGGAGAUCACCGCGCCGAAAAGGCAGUCACCGCCGUAGCGCGGAUGAGCAUGAAGUCUUAAAAAGACUGGAGACCAAUGGAUGAGUCAGAGGGCAUUUAUUUAAUGGGCAAUGCGUGUGGAAGGAGUAAAACAUCUAGAAAAUGUCUGACCGUGCACACGUGAAUGACAGUUGUCAUGGAGGAUGAAGAUGACCGCCGGCUUCUAGACAUUAUUGGGGACGUGCAGGCACUGAAUGCCUACCUUCAUGGCACCAGCAGAAAAGCAAUUGAUGAAGAGGAUUUGGACAGGACCACAUUCAGUUCAGCCAGCUCUUUGUUUGCUAGUACGACUAGCACCACCCUGAAGGAUGUGACUAAGCAUCUGGGCAGCCCUGGUGUGGAGGGUCUGCCAUUAUCUAACAGUUUGCACUUUCUGGAGGAAGAUGGCUCUUCUCCAGGGACCGAGACAGAGCUGGGAGAGGAGCAACCUUUUGACAUUCUGCAGAAGUCACUGCAGGAAGCCAACAUCACAGAACAGACAUUGGCGCAGGAGGCGUUUCUGGAGUCCUCUUCAGGUCUCAGCCCUGGUCACCUCUUUGCUACACAAGUAGCUAACGACACCUCUAACUUGGGUAACAUGGGCCUCUCUCAAUUCCCACCCUUCUCUGGUGUGCAGUCACACAACAAUAACCCAAGUGGGCCCAUUCAGCUUUUAGGCUCCUUUAACACACAGCCCUCAGUAAUGACAAUAAACCAUCUGGAUCGCUCCCAGAUUCUUCUCAAGCACGGCCAGUCAUCUUCUCCUAAUGUGGGUAGUGGGCUCUUUGUUCAAAGGCAGGCAAAUUCUGCAAACCUUGGCAGUGGCAAUAUCUUUAACAACUCACUAAGUGGACAUAUGAGUUUGCCGUUCAAAGGCUGUGAAAUGCAAACUGCUUUACCACUGCAAAAUAUCAUCAUUCAGAGGACUCCAUCACAGCCCCUUGGAAAUCAGAAAGGCCCAAUCAACAUUCAGCCCAAGCCUAUGGUGGAUGGUCGGCAUGCUGUUUACAGUGUCAAUAGUGUGGGUGUACAACAGCAGAGCAACCCUUUUGUUCCAGUCUCUUCAUCUCAAAUGGACCAGCAGCAAAUGACUGUCAGUAUUAUCAACCAGCCAGGGAUGAGCAAGAUUGUCCACCCUGGGGGCAUCGCAAGUAGCAUACACCAGCACCCUUCCUGCUUGCCUCACAACCAAUUUCUUCUCCCCACCUCCCGUCCCAUUACAUCCAGCAACGCAAACCAAGGAAUGCAAACACUGAAUGGGCAGGCUGGACAAAGCCAAGCAAUUGUAAAUUCCUCUGAACCUUCUGCACAAGUUGCCAGUAACACUCCCUAUUCGGAAUCCAUUUUCCCCCAGCAUGGCACACCCGUGCAGUUGAUUGCUGGGCAGAAUCUUAUGUCACCUAGGGGUCAAUUUAUAGUCCAUCAGCAAGUCUCACCAGCUGUUGUGCACCUGGCAGCCCCCCAACCGGACAUGUCCAAGGUCAGAGCAAAUGUUCCUUUAGGGACCAUCCAUGGCAUGCAGAUCCAAAACCAAUUUGCUGUUGUACAGUCCAACAGCCCCAUCCCUAGCAGCUAUGAGACUCAAUCUCAACCUUCAGUUCAGGGCUUCAAUUCCCAGCAAAUCCUGCUUUCACAGGGACAAGUUCAGCCACAGUGCCCCCCAAGCGUAGGACAUCAGUUCCUUAUCCCUUUAGGAAGCAACCAGCAACAGGAUAAUUCAUCUUUGCAGCAGCAGCAGUUCGGACAGAACCAGCAGGUUACUCUAGAGGCACAAGUGCAGACUUCUCCAGGACUUUCUUCAAAGCCUCAAGAGCCUAGACAAGGACACAUGGCAAACCUCCUAAAUAAAAAAGUUUUGAAGAGCUCAGGGGGACCUACACCACUUGUGGAGAAUGGACCUCCCAACAAAGUGGCUGGACACUCCAUUCUGCAGCACGGUGUUCGGGCUUCUGCAGCAAAAAAGAGACAGGCAUCUCAUCAGCUAACAAAAAGCACCUUCAUUUUAGAGCAGCUACAGAAAGACCAAGCCUCUGUCCAAACUGCAGACAGGGAUCACUUUUCCUCUCUAGAUGACGCUAUUCGCAGACUUCUGCCCUAUCAUGUCUUUCAAGGUUCUUUGCCCUCUGAAGAAGAGUUCACUAAAGUGGAUGAAGAGUUUGAAGCGGUUGCAAAGCAGGUGCUGUUGAGGACAAAGGCAAUGCUGAACAAGUACAGAUGGCUGCUCCUGGAGGAGGCCAAGCGAUUGAACCCCUCCUCAGAGAUGGUCAUGAUUGACAGAACAUUCAAUCAGGAAGAGAGAGCCAACCUGACCCGAGACAAGCGCCUUGCUCUCAUGGAUCCAGAUGGCUUCCUUGAGGACUUCUGCUGCCUGACCCAGACAAAAAAAGAAGAACCAGUUUCUUCAUGCUCUAAAGAUGAUCCGCAUUUGGAGCAAAAAAAUGUAUCCACACCCACAGAGACCUUUAGGACUAUAUCCCUCUCUAAGGAGCUGCCUGCUUCAACCUCGGAAAAGGAGGCACCCAUAAGUGGACACAUGCAGACAGCAAUUGGCAGCAUUCUGGAACACAAGAAUUCCCAAAAUUGCAUGUCUCCAGGGCAAACCCAUGCCGUGGGUCACACAGACUCUGCUCUGGAAGCAGCUGUAAAUAGCAUAUUAGAUCCCUGAAUUUUCAGAGUUGUAAAUAUUUUGUCUCAUUCUGAGUAAUGGAAGCUCUCUGUGUUCAGGUGUAUGCUACUACUGAAGCACUUUUCAUUUGGAUGAAUUUUCAUAUGCUGCUCACUGCUAUAACAUGCUUGAGCCUGACUCCGUCCUCACUGU